CGAGCUCGUAUUCAAUUUCGCAACAAAUCUUGCCAGCUUUUUCUUUUGUUUCUCUGGUAUAAAGGCGCCAAUUGUUCUCGAAGAUUGUCGCUCAUGUUCAAAGCAUUGCCUCGUAUCCGCCAGCUAUCGCAGCAUAUCGUGCAGCUCAAUUUCCCCGCGCGGUUUCCCAACUUACCAAGUUCCGGUCUCUCCGCACCAAUUUUUUUGUCCUCAACGCGCACCAUGGCGACCGACACUUCGAGUAAAAUCACCGAUUGGGUCAACCCCGCCGACAAGUCCGGUGAAUUUAAGCGCCAAACCUCGGCGUUCCGCAACUUCAUCUCCAGCGAGCCUGGUGCUGAAUUCCCUCCCGAGAAGGGCCGCUAUCACCUCUAUGUCUCAUACGCUUGUCCUUGGGCCCACCGCACCUUGAUCACGCGCAAGCUCAAGGGUCUUGAGGACUUCAUUUCUUUCACUUCCGUGCACUGGCACCUCGGCGAGAAAGGAUGGCGCUUUGCCACUGCCGACGAGCAACAACCCGAGCACAACGUCACCUCCGACCCCAACCACCCCGAAUUCACCCACCUGCGCGAGAUCUACUUUGCCGAGGACCCCAACUACAGCGCCCGCUUCACCGUUCCAGUCCUGUAUGACAAGAAGACCAAGCGCAUCGUAAGCAACGAGAGCGCCGAAAUUAUCCGCAUGCUCUACCACGAAUUCGACCCCCUCCUCCCUGCCGACCACCGCGCUGUCGACCCCUACCCUCCCCACCUGCGCUCCGAAAUCGACAGCUCCAACGACUGGAUCUACAACGACGUCAACAACGGGGUCUACAAGUCCGGCUUCGCGACCACGCAGGAAGCCUACGAGAAGGCCGUAACGCAGCUAUUCGCCUCGCUGGAUCGAAUCGAACAGCACCUGACCACUGAUACAAAGGGACCAUACUUUUUCGGGGACGCCAUCACCGAGGCCGACAUCCGGCUGUUCACGACCAUCGUCCGCUUCGAUCCCGUCUAUGUGCAGCACUUCAAGUGCAACAUCCGGGACAUUCGCUCGGGGUACCCGGCUAUCCACCGCUGGCUGCGGAGGCUGUACUGGGAGGUGCCUGCGUUCCGCGACACGACGAACUUCGAGCAUAUCAAGAAGCAUUAUACCAAGAGUCAUAAGCAGAUUAAUCCGUUCGGGAUCACGCCCGUGGGGCCCGUGCCGGAUAUCUUGCCGUUGGAGGAGGAGGUUCGGGCUGUUAUUUAGGCCUUCUUUGGAUUAAGAUGGAAUUGAUGGUGGCAGGAAGGGAGAAAGUAUCAAAUGAGGAUAACUAGGUCUUCUUUAUAUCAUCUAUACAGGCUGGCAAACAUAAUCUG